UUUUGAAACAGAGCUGGACGUGCUGGGUGAGGAGGCGUCUUGUAUCCUGCAGAGGGCGCUGUUGGUUCAAAAUCAAUGCCCGUAAGCGGGAGCGCCAUCGCUUCGUAAAGACAUGUGUCACCGACUGUCUGCGUCCACAGCUGUUUUUACACCUGCUCCAUGAUCAAGAUGGAGAUGGAGAUCAAUCCACCGUUGCAGCAGUUUCCAGAAAAUUCGUAUAAAAUGACUGAAGAGGAUGUGAAGAGGCUGAUUGAGUUCAGAGCGUCCAAUGAGGCUCUGUUCACUGGGAAAAGGAACUCGGCUAAGAUCGCAUGGAGCACCAUCCUAAAGGGUCUGGGUCUGGAGGGGAAGCUGACCGCAGACCAGAUCGCCAAGAAGUGGGACAACCUGCGCACAAAGUACAAGGACCUGAAGCAUCCGUACCAAGGCAAGGACAACAUGGGGGGUGUGGUAGAGUCCUGGCCCUGGUUCCACAUCAUGGAGGAAGCCAUGCAGGGUCGCCUAUACAACAGCAACCUGGUGCUGAGUCCAGAGAACAUUGGGAAUGCUGGUUACAGAGGCAGUAGCCGACCCAGUCAGAACCAUGACAACACAGACAUCCUGGAGUUCCUCAUCAAGACAGAGAUGGAGGACACGGUAGCGGCAGAGGCGGCAACAGAUGACGGGACGCUGCAUCCGGGGGCCUCAGCAGAGGGAGUCCCUAUGGGCUGGAGGAGGAUGAGCGAGUGCUCCUAUAAAAUGACCGAAUCAGAGACGGAAAGAAUGAUCAAGCUCCGCGCCGCCAACGAGGCUCUUUUCACUGGUAGGAAGCAUUCGGCCAAACCAGCCUGGAGAGCCAUUCUUUGUGAACUGGGUCUUCAGGGAAAGCUGACCACAGACCAGUUGGCCAAGAAGUGGGAUAACUUGAAGAGGAGGUAUAAGGAGCUGAAGUUUCCUGCUCGAGGAGUGGAGACCAACCCCAGCUCCUGGCCCUGGUUCUACAGGAUGAACGACGCCAUGGAGGGACGCUUCGCCAGCGCCGCGCCCAUCCUUACUCCUGUGGUGGAGGACGGAGACGAAGACUGUGAGCCGCUGUCGCCAACGCCCAAGAAGCGACCUCGACGAAGCCGAGGGGCAAUGACCGAUUUCCUGACGGAGUCAGAGAUGGACCUGCUGGUCGAUAACGAGGAGAAGAACGGUUCCAGCGCUUUGGGGGAGCUGCACCGGAUCACAGAGUUCACCUACAAAUUAACAGAAGACGACACCAGGCGUCUGAUCGAGUUACGAGCUGCUAACGAGUCUCUGUUCACCGGACGGAGGAACACCGCCAAACCGGCCUGGAGAGGGAUUGUAAAGGAGAUGGGUCUGACUGGGAAGAUAACGCCUGACCAGGUCUCUAAGAAGUGGGACAACCUGAAGACCAAAUUCAAGGACCUGAAGUUCCCUCCUCGUGGGAUGGAGAACCAGAGCAACCCAGCCUCCUGGCCCUGGUUCCAGCUGAUGAGUGAUGCUCUGGAGGGGCGUCUGGCAGGAAAGGCUCCGCGGGUCGCACCUGUCUGGAACAACGAGGAGGACGGGGUGUUCGGCUCGUCGCCUCCUGCUGACAGAGACUGCCUGAUGGCAGAGAGGAGCGGCGUGUCGGAGCUGGACGGGCUGGUGGGAAGCGACGGCGCCGAGGCUGAUGGCAGCGUCACCUACAUCGACGCCAGUGGGGAGGAGUGUUCCACGCCCUCAGACCAGUCCUAUAAAAUGACAGAUCAGGACACCAGGAAGAUGAUCAAGCUCCGAGCUGCUAACGAGGCCUUGUUCACCGGAAGGAGAAAUGCUGCCAAAGCUGCCUGGAAAGCCAUCCUGAAGGAGCUCGGGCUGCAGGGGAAGGUCUCCACCUACCAGAUGGCCAAGAAGUGGGACAAUCUGAAGAGGAGAUAUAAGGACCUGAAGUUUCCACCUGUUGGCAUGGAGAACGUGGCUGACGGUGCCUCCUCCUGGCCCUGGUUCCAUCUGAUGAACGAAGCCAUGGAGGGUCACCUGGCGAACAGCUCCCUCCUACUCACCCCUGUUACUCAGGAUGAUGAGCAGCACCCCGACCCGUCCCCCAGACACAGAGCCCAUGCCGCCUCUCCCCCUCCUCCCACCCCCUCCUCAGACUAUGGACAGGAGGUGUUCGGCGCCAUGGAGCAGAACCAGCGGAGCUCAGAGCCGUGUGACGGGCCCCUGGGGGGACUGCAGAGAGAGUGGGAGGUGGUGGAAAGGGAGAGGGCGUCGCUGGAGCGGGAGAGGGAAAUGGUGGAGAGAGACAGGGCGAGUAUGGAGAGAGAGAGGGCUGCCGUGCAGGCAGAGAGGCUGUGGCUGGAGAGGGAGCGGGCGGCAGUGGAGCAGGACCGAGCCAUGGUGGAGCAGGAGAGGCUGGCGCUGAGCAGAGAGAGGGAGGUUCUGGACCAGAGGGCGCUGAUGCUGAACUCCGUGGGACACUCCGGACACCUCAAUGCCAUGAUGUAGAGAACAGGCUGUCACACAGCACGACAAAGGGUUUCUGACCGGCCCACGGGGAAGCCUGCACAGUUCUGGUGGAUCCGGUGAGGACACUGCAGAGCUUCUAAACUUCCACAUACACUGAAUUGAAACAUGAGCCACGUGUGAAGAAGAACAACGGUGACAGAUCUGUUUUCCCUGAAGCUGCUGGUUCUGUUCAGUUUGGAACUAAAAUGUCCACGGCGUCCUGGUGCGUCCACUGAGCCCAUCUCAGUCUUCCAUCUUUGUUUUUACCGACAGAGGAGCCGACAGCGGGAGUCAGGACGUCUGAUCUGAAGGUUCCGACGACGAGACGUGAAGUGGAUCCAGGAGCAAGUGGCUGAUGUGAUGUUCCUGCUGAGACCUGAGUGCAGCCGGGUCCACACGGUUCCUCAGUCUGCGUCGUCAGCCAAUGUCAAACUGAAGCUAAAAACCUUCUUGUUUCUUCUAGAGAAGCGACUGAGACUCAUUUCCAUGAAAUGUGCUGCAUCUGGAUGUGUUUCUGUAUCUUAUGGUACUUUGAAGUUCCUCUCAGCUUUUUCUUUUGGCGAGCUUUCGUUACCUGAAGCGGACGUCACAGUAAACCACACGGUGUGUUUAAAGACUGGUCGAGCUGCUCCGGCCCGACGCCCACAGACAGAGCUCAGCCUUCGUUCAAGGCAAACAUCAGACGUCCAUGGUGGCGUUUCACAGCAGAGACCUGACUCUGUAAAGUGAACAAAGAAAUGAUUCCAAUAAAUGAAUGAAUCUGCUGAACACAA